AUCGUUCCGCGACGCCGACGCGGUGAGAUGACGCCCUCUCGGAAGUGGCCUCUAGAUCGGUGGUGAAACUGGCAGUUGACGGCUCCUGGGAUUAGAUCCCGCGAGGUAGCCCCUGAACUAUUUCUCUACGUUUUCUCUUGAUCCUCCUGAAAUCUUCCAGAUCCGCGUAGUGAGGAAUCAUCUCCACCGUCAUGGGGGGCGGAGACCUGAAUCUGAAGAAGAGCUGGCACCCGCAGACCCUCAGGAAUGUGGAGAAAGUGUGGAAGGCCGAGCAGAAGCAUGAAGCUGAGCGGAAGAAGAUUGAGGAGCUUCAGCGGGAGCUGCGAGAAGAGAGAGCCCGGGAAGAGAUGCAGCGCUAUGCGGAGGAUGUUGGGGCCGUCAAGAAAAAAGAAGAAAAGUUGGACUGGAUGUACCAGGGUCCUGGUGGGAUGGUGAACCGUGACGAGUACCUGCUGGGGCGCCCCAUUGACAAAUAUGUUUUUGAGAAGAUGGAGGAGAAGGAGGCAGGCUGCUCUUCUGAAACAGGACUUCUCCCAGGCUCUAUCUUUGCCCCAUCAGGUGCCAGUUCCCUUCUUGACAUGGCCAGCAAGAUCCGGGAGGACCCACUCUUCAUCAUCAGGAAGAAGGAGGAGGAGAAAAAACGAGAGGUAUUAAAUAAUCCAGUGAAAAUGAAGAAAAUCAAAGAAUUGUUGCAAAUGAGUCUGGAAAAAAAGGAGAAGAAGAAAAAGAAGGAGAAGAAAAAGAAGCACAAGAAACGUAAGCACAGAAGCUCGAGUAGUGAUCGUUCCAGCAGCGAGGAUGAGCACAGUGCGGGGAGAUCUCAGAAGAAGAUGGCAAAUUCCUCCCCUGUUUUGUCCAAAGUCCCUGGAUAUGGCUUACAGGUCGGGAACUCUGACCGUAACCAGGGUCUUCAGGGUCCUCUGACAGCCGAGCAAAAGAGAGGGCAUGGGAUGAAGAACCAUUCCAGAUCCAGAAGCUCCUCCCACUCACCCCCAAGACGUGCCAGCAAGAAGAGCACCAGGGAAGCAGGGUCCCGGGACAGGAGGUCUCGAUCCCUGGGUAGAAGGUCACGGUCCCCAAGACCCAGCAAACUGCACAACUCUAAGGUGAACAGGAGAGAGACAGGCCAAACUAGGAGCCCAUCACCUAAAAAAGAGGUCUACCAAAGGCGACAUGCUCCUGGAUACACCAGAAAACUCUCCGCAGAGGAAUUAGAGCGAAAACGGCAAGAGAUGAUGGAAAACGCCAAAUGGAGGGAGGAGGAGAGACUGAACAUCCUCAAGAGGCACGCUAAGGAUGAGGAACGGGAGCAGAGGCUAGAGAAGCUGGACUCCCGGGAUGGGAAGUUCAUCCACCGCAUGAAGCUGGAGAGUGCAUCUACUUCCUCCCUGGAGGAUCGGGUGAAGCGGAAUAUCUACUCUCUACAGAGAACUUCGGUAGCUCUGGAGAAGAACUUUAUGAAAAGAUGAAAACUGUCCCCUCUCUUAUUGAUUUUCCUGCAUUUUCCAGGGAAGCUGCUGACCCCUUAAUUCUCUUUAUAAGAGUUCAAAUGACUUCUUUCACAGAUGUCAAACCACCAGUGUUCAUUGUGACCCUGCUCCAUCGAGUCCUGAAACAGCUCACUUCCUUUGAGAGCUAGUGUGACUUGCUUUGUGGGACACUCAGUAACUUUGGGUUUUGACUCUUUAAUGGGUGGGCACUGCCAUCUCGGUGGGAGUGCUUGUGCCACUCUGGAAGGCUGUUCCCUGGGAUUGUGAUGUUUAUCAUGUCGCUUCCUUCUUACCUGUGCCAACAGACCUAUUUCACUGCCUCAGUGCACACCAGACCCGUCAGAAACCUCUCUGGUGUCACCCAGAUAGAUUGUGCUUACUGAGACAAAUGAACGUUUACUUGAUUUAGAACAUAAUGUGACAGAAUGAUGUCAGGUUAGGUCAAAGCCAAGGGAGUGACAGAAUCUGGAAAAUCGAACAAUACAAAAAGCCCUAAAUGAACUGUUAACUAUUUGAUCUUUGGAUGUAAAAGUGUAAUGUGUAUAUGUACAAAUGUACAAUUUUUACAUGCUUUUAAAAAAGGUUAGCUUUUUGAAAAUACCUUGUUUGGUCAAUGACUUUACUGGGUAAUAGAACCACAUUGAACCUUGAUGGCAAGUAAUACAAUAAGGCAGGCCAGCUCGUUUUUCUCUCUCAAUCUGGCUGGUUUAGGAGGAGCCUGGGUUUAUCGACAAGAUCUGGAGUAUCUAUUCUUUUCCACUGCUUGCAGUCUCUAACGUAGGCAGUGUAAAGGUAUAGUAAAAUGAUUUUAGGAGUCAGAACCAAAUUGCCAAUAUGCUCCAUGGCUCCUAAAGGAAAAUAAAAUGGAAGCUUUUUA